UCAGGACAGAUUUUUCCCAUCACGCAAUGUCGAUGGGCGGGUCAUUGUGAAGCCGGGAACAGAGCUGCCAGGAUGGGGAAAGUCUGGUGUGGAUCAUGUACUCUCACCUUAGCGGCCAUAGUCGUCUUAUUAGGGAAACCUGUCGGUGCCAGUGAUUUCGACCACCAUGAAACGCUUGACGUUGAAGGAAAGUUCCGCAUUCUCUGGAAGUUUGAUGACGAGAAAAUCGAGUUCGAGGCCCAGGUGCAGACGGCAGGAUGGGUCGGCCUGGGUCUGUCCCCGAACGGAGGCAUGCCGGGAUCCGACAUCGCCAUCGGCUGGGUGAAAGACGGGAUUGCGCAUCUUACGGACCGGUACGCUGAGGCAAAGGCACAGCCCCGUAUGGACGAGAGUCAGGACUGGGAGCUGGUGUCUGGGUACGAGAACGGGACUCACACCGUCCUGAGGUUCAACAGGAAGCUGACGACGUGUGACGUCAGAGAUCGCGUCAUCAACGAGGACACCAUUCGUGUGCUGUGGGCGUGGCAUGAUGACGAUCCCGAGGACGAGUCCGGGGUGAGCGGCCCGACCUACCACGGGGCCAACAGGGGUGUCAAAAGCACGGUCCUUCUCAGCAACAUCAUCACUCCUACAAACAUCCAAGAAUCAUUGAACUACACGUUUGAUAUCUUGAUGAAAAAUGUCCCUGUUCCCUACGACAAGGACACGACGUACUGGUGCCGUGUGUUUCAGCUGCCGAACAUCACCAGCAAACACCACAUAGUAAAGUAUGAACCCAUUAUCACCCCUGGCAACGAAGGCGUGGUCCAUCAUCUGCUGAUCUACAGGUGUGACAAGCGUCAUCAAGUGACCAUACUGCCAGAUGGUGACCCGGGACAUGCGUGCGAGCCUCAAUUCUCUCGGCCAUGCUUUAACAUUUUGGCGGGAUGGGGAGUAGGUGUAGGGACCGUCCUCACUCCAGACCACGUUGGCUACCCCAUCGGUGAUGACGAGGAUAGCGGUUAUGUGAUCAUGGAGAUGCACUACGACAACCCUCAGCUGGCAUCAGGUAUACAUGACAGUUCGGGGCUGAGGCUGACAUACACGCCCGAGCUGAGGGAUAACGAUAUGGGUGUCCUGCUCGUUGGAGUGGCGGUGAACAAAUACCACGUUGUUCCUCCUCACGCUGAGGCGUUCGUGUCAGCGGGAUUUUGCAAUUCAAGAUGCCUAAGCGCGUUCCUCGAGGAGCUCGGACAGCCCAUACACAUCGUCGGCGUAAACCUUGCCACCCGACCGCUGGGGGUGAAGAUAAGCGCCCGGGUGAUCCAUAAUGGCACGGAAACCGAGAUCGCGCGAGAAGACAACUAUGACUAUGACAUGCAGCUCACCAGGAUGCUGAAGAAAGAAAUUACCGUCUACCCUGGUGACAGUCUGAUUAUAGAAUGUACCUAUGAUUCGACGCACAAGGAACACGUUACGUUUGGUGGACUCGAUAUAAAGGAUGAAUUGUGCCUGGCCGGUUUCCAAUACUACCCAAAGUUCAACCUGACUGACUGUGUGAGUACACCAAGUCUCUAUACCACGACCGGCUUCGCUGGAAUCCAGGAUGCUGACUUUGACUAUGACACUUUGGAACUGAACAUCACUGCGCCAGCAGCCAUGGUAGGUAUGACUUACGAGGAUGCCAUCAAAGCUGUUCCGUGGACAGAGGAGAAAGCACAAACCUUCUCUGAUAUGCUGCUGAAUGGGAACUUCCACACCCGCUGCCUGGCCAAUCCCGAGUCUGCUGUUGAUAUUCGCCUUUUUGACGAAUAUCUGCCCUUACCACGCGGACUCAGAGUGACUCCCGAGGACGUAUGCAGCGGGAGGACUGCACAGGAAACUACUCCGGUAAACCCUGGUCCUACCAUGGAGGAUUGGGCGGGCUCCGGCGCCUGGCGCCCUGGUGUGUAUGCAGUUCCAGUGAUGGCUGCUUGCCUGGCGCUGAUCUAUAGUGUAGUCAAGCCGUAAUAUAAAGAACGCCAUCUGAUUAAAAAUGAGGUAAACCUAGAAUAAACCGGGAUCCAUUAUGGCAUAAUCAUUUUCAUACUACCGUUAUCGCUAUUGUAUUUUAAAUCUUAAUCCAUAGCUAAAUUAUCAUUUUAUCCAAGCAUAUCCAAAUGUUCCCUUCAGACAAAUCUGGCAUGAGUUUUUAAGAUAUCUAAACUUUUUUUUUCUGAUUAACUUUUUAAACAGACUGCUUUGGGCAGAUUGUAUAGCUUUUGUCUAUGUAAAUCGGAUUGACUACAAUGUUAUCAUUAUAAUUUAGCUAAUUAUGAA